AAACUAGAGGUCGGCAUAGCUAAAAGUUGUUUUGUUUUUAAUUUGCAUUCCGAAUAAAACUAGGACUUCCGUAACUAACAUUAACAUAACCGGCUUGAAUUCAUCCACGUUUCCAAUUAACAAAUAAUUAAAUAUGUGCGCUCUUCCACUGUACAUUUUUCUGUUAGGGUAAACGGGCUAAACUCUAAGUUACUGGCACUUUGAGCCUAAUAUUGACAUCUAAUUUACGUCUUUACAGCUUUGGUGAUACGAGUGAUCGUAUCAAUAAUUAAGAGAUGCCUACAAUAGAGCUGUUUACCCUACAUAGGUACUUAUUAUGUAAACAAGGUUGUAUAUGUAUAAGGAUCGAUUAGAUGCGCGCGCUGCGCACUUGGCUUCAGGAAGUUCCCGUAACAGCGAGGCUCAAUCGCAAAUACAGUCAGCUGGGGUUGAAAUACUAGGAGCGAAGAUGCCGGGCGCCAGGCAUAAAAUAUUGGGGCACGUCCUGUCGGGAUUCUGCCACAAAAUGAACCGACGCAAACCUCUGUAUGGGGAUGCAAUGGACACUCCGCUCAACCGAUGUCUUACCACUCUGGACAUCACUUUGCUUGGCGUCGGGCACAUGGUAGGCGCCGGCAUCUACGUCCUAACGGGCGCAGUGGCCCGGCACAUGGCCGGUCCAGCCACGGCCCUCAGUUUCCUCCUGGCCGGCAUUACAUCUACCCUUGCGGCACUGUGUUAUGCUGAAUUCGGUACCAGGAUACCGAGAGCGGGGAGUGCUUAUGCGUAUACUUACGUUAGCAUUGGAGAGUUCUGGGCCUUCAUCAUUGGAUGGAACAUCGUCUUGGAGUAUAUGAUCGGUGCAGCGUCGGUCGCCAGGGCGUGGUCCGGUUAUUUAGACGCCAUGUUAAAUGGAGCUAUAAGCAAUGCCACCGUAUCUGUCACCGGAGAAAUGCACGAGACUCUACUUAGUCGAUAUCCAGACGUUUUAGCAUUUUUAAUAUGCAUCUUAGCCUCGCUCAUUUUAGCGGUAGGCGUUAAAACCUCUGCUUACAUCAACAACGGCCUCACUAUUCUAAACCUUUUGGUUAUAACGCUAGUGAUAUCGCUAGGUUUUUACUACGCUGAUAUAUCGAACUGGUCGGCUGCGAAUGGAGGUUUUAUGCCUUACGGAUUUAGUGGGGUAUUAGCAGGGGCUGCUACAUGUUUCUACGCCUUUGUUGGCUUUGACAGCAUUUCGGCGUCUAGCGAGGAAGCUAAAGAUCCUUCGCGGUCCAUUCCUAUAGCGACAGUCCUUUCCAUGGCUAUAGUAGCUUUUGGAUAUAUUCUUGUCGCUCUAGCUUUGACUCUUAUGGUGCCAUAUACGAGUAUUAAUCCUGAAGCGGCUCUGCCGUCCGCUUUAGGUGCAGUGCAUGCCGAUUGGGCUAAAUAUGCAGUUUCUGUUGGAGCUGUUUGCGGAAUGACAACUACUCUUCUUGGCUCUCUGUUCUCCCUGCCGCGUUGUUUAUAUGCCAUGUCUACUGAUGGUUUACUAUUCGGUUUCCUCAGCGACAUUAACAACAAGUCUCAGAUUCCUAUUGCAAACUUAAUUAUUUCUGGAUUAUCAUCCGCUAUUAUAGCUCUGUUGUUUGAUUUGGAGAAGCUUGUAGAAUUUAUGUCGAUCGGUACAUUAUUGGCGUACACGAUCGUGAGUGCCGCAGUUAUAAUAUUACGGUAUCGGCCUGCUCCUACAGUUGACGAUAAGACUUUUGGAGUUCCGCCGAUAGAUUCCCCUGACCGUGAAGAUAGUUCAGCAACUGGUACACCAGCGACUGAUGGCGGAUCUUCUUCUUCAGAGAUGUUCGAAGCUCUAACAGUGGGUCGUCUCCGCCCGCAAUACGCCUGGCUUGAGCCACUCGUCGGUGGCCGAGCGCCCGGCGCAGCCGUGUCGGGCUGUGUGUACACCCUGACCGCGGCUGCCGCCGCGUUGUGCGCCCAUAACCACUUCGUGGCCGAACAGGCGGGCUUGUGGGCGCUGCUCCCGGACCUGGUGCUCACUUCCAUCAUUAUUGCUUGUUUAUUCAUAAUCUGGGCGCACCAGCAGUCCCCAGCGCGGCUUCCAUUCAGAGUCCCGUGGGUGCCGCUGCUGCCCGCCGCCUCCGUCAUGCUCAACGUGGAGCUCAUGGUCAACCUCAAUGCGCUGACGUGGGCGCGGUUCGCUAUUUGGAUCACCUUCGGUCUACUCCUCUACUUCCUCUACGGCAUCCACCACAGCAAGCUCGGUGAAGGCGUAGCGGGUCUCCUCUCCCGAUCUGCGAGCGCCGGUCGCGGUUGGGGCGCCAUCGAGAAAACUUCGCGGCGAAUUGGCCGCUUCGGCCGAGAAAAAAGCGAUGAUCGAAAACCGAUCAUAAGCGACGACGAACUCGCGCGGCGGGAUCCGUGAUUCUAAAGUAAACUGUAUGUGUUCUGUCUAAAAGUUGCAAUUGGAAAACGCACGUUAAAAUUGCGAACAUACCUUUUAUUUAGCAAUUGAUCAGCACAACAUUACAUUGCAGCACUGAGACGAAUACCCUCAUUGUAAUUUUGCGGAACGUCGAGUCAAAAGACACAAUGUAUUGAAAAUGAAAAGACACUCUUUAUUAACUUUUAAACGACGAGAAAAAUAUUCUAUCGAUUUUAAGUAUGAUAAUGUUCAACGAGAGACAAUAAUAGGAUAUUUUACUUUAGUUCAAAAAUAUAUUGUUCAGGUGCGUUUUCGAAAUGUAACGAUUACUCGUAUAAUAAUUAUUUACAGAUCUGUGUUCAGCUCUAUAACUGUCGCUUAGUUUCUUCGUUUCAAAAGUUACACAAAAGAAACAAAGUUGCAUGUGAUAGUGUUAUUAUAUGCUUGGCUAUCACAUAUGAUCGGCACAAACCAUAAGAUGAAAUAUAUUAUAUGAUUAUGUACGCGGCUGAAAUCGGAUAAUACGCCAUAAAAAAAUCUCUGAACUAUUCGGACAAUAUAGGCACAAAAUCUAGUUUAUUUUGAUCGUAUAAUAAAAUUGCAUAACUCUUAUUGUGAAAAAAAUGUACUUUUCAAAAACGUUCUCCAAAUCAUAUUGUCAUCUCCUAUAGCACUGCUUCAUGCAUGGACUCGAAACAAAAUUGUCAGUACAUUGGUAGAGCCGUGUUGCUUUCCCUAGUAAUAACCCUUUUCACAUCUGUUAUAUUCCUACCCGUCAAAUAACAAAUCGUUUUUUUUUCUUUCAGUACAAACGGCAUUUUUUGUAUUUGGAUUUAGUUAUUGGAGAAUAUUACCAUAUAAAAUUAAACUACAUUAGCAUUAAAUGUUAGUGAUUUUUAAACUUAAUUAUUUUUGUACAAACGCGAGAACCUCAAAAAAUGGUCUGACUAGACGAAAACAUAUGCAUCGGGGCUCGUAAUACGCGAAAACAACAUUAAUCGUUAAGUCAUUUAUUCAAACGCUACUUCAUUGAUAACAUAUUCAGCUGAUUUAUACGAUGCCAGUAGAUGGCGCCAAUCCCACUGGUAUGCCCGUUCUGGCGGGGCGGGCAAUGGCUCUAUGUAGAGUAUGUAGGUAAACCAUUCAUUGAUGCCCGCGUCAUCAUGUAAAUCAGCUUGUAAUGAAAUUUUAACUCAGGGUCAAUUAUUGUAGGUAGUACCUACCUACAUACCAACGUUGAAUAAAAUGAACUUAAUAUAACUAUAGUAACAUAAUGAAAUUGACAGUUAAAAUGUUAAGCGUGACCAAAGAUCGCUUUGAAAAAUUGUUUAAAAAUACAUAUAUGAAAAGUACAAACAUGCCAAAGAAUAUUAUUAUAGCACAAAGUGAAGUCACUUCUAUUCGAAGUUGUUAUUCUCAUUGAUUAUUGAAAGCUAUGUAACAUUCAAUUUAAAUAGCUAAAAUGUUUGCAAAUUUUCAUUCAAGAGUACCUACAUUCCGGAUUCUUCAAAUACGUAGGUAGGUACGAGUACGGUCAAAGAAUUAAAAUUUUAGUACAAUUUCGUACCUUGUCAUAAUGACAAUAGUAUGAGGUCCCAUACGACUUUCAUAUUUAUUGUCACUGUGACAAGGUACGAAAAUAAAUUGUUUGUACAACAUGGGCAUUUUUUUCAGAAGUUACAGCUAAGCCUAAUUAUGCAAACUGCAUGUCGUUUAAAUUAUUGUGACGUCACUUUCUAUUAGUGUUGCCAAAAUCUUCCAAUCCACAUGAUGAUAAACACUUCAAGAAAGAUUUAUUGAAAACUAGGUAUUUUUUUACAAACUGCUAUUAAUUCCAAAAUCUUGUAAUGGCUUUGUGUGUACUUUUAUGUGAUGGUAGUACCCCAUAUAAACAUAUCGUGUAGUAAAAAGGUAUAUCACAAUAUCUUUUGAGUAUUAUGAGCAGCAUUGUGGCAGCUUUUUAAGUGCGAUUCCAGAAUAGGUAGGUACAUAAAUAGUAAUAAAUACAUUAUAGUAUGUUAUUUGGCUUUCAAUAAAUAUGUACCUAUAUCGUUUAAAUAAAUACCUAUAGGAAUGAACCGCCGAACAAAACUAUAUUCUAAAUAGCUAAUUGAUAAAAAAUCGAAUAUACAUGUUAAUUUUACGAAGUAGUUUAUAAGUAUGUCCUUGUAGAUAAAUAGAUUUGCAGAUAUAUCUUUUAUUUAAAUAAAAUAACUAGACUAUUACACAGUGACACCAAAUGUGAUCUUGAAAAAUUUCCAAGUACCUAAUUCUUUAAGAUUUUUAAUCAGAAUGUUAUUGUUUUGUGUAUUUAAGUUUAUAGAAUACCAAAAAUGUUUAUGAACUGCAUAUAGCAUUGUUAAUACUCUAACGACAUAUUUUAAGAAGCGUUGAUGUGUACAUAAAUAAAUUAUAAAAAUAA